CAUGUCCUGACAGACUUAUUUACUCUAUAUGACUCUCAGACUUAUUUACUCUAUAUGAUCUUUUGAAAACUCUUCUCUCUCCAGCUCCACCUAAUGCCUCUAAUUUAAAUUUCAUUAUUAUUUUGAAAAGUCUGUGUGACGGAGGGAAUUAUCCAAUCAGACACUUGCACGCGUCAAUAAUUUUCUUGUCAACAUGCAUAACACGCCAGAAGAUCCGGGAACAAUGGCAGAUGUGGACAGUUCGUCGACAAAUCCAAAAAUGCUUGUCCCUCGUUUGCCAACAACUGGGUCUUCUCAUACAAGAAAACACAAGCAGAGCGAAGAAACGAUAAAGGCUAAAAAGAGGGCAUCUAAUAUAGAGAGAAAUAAAAGUAGGGUAAAUAUUUUUACAUGAAUUCUUGUCGUGGCGUGAACUCAGGCAUUUGAUCGGACUUGGAAGCAACGUAGAAUUGGCUACAGUCCUGCUGGGCAGGUAAGUGUGUCACCUAUUUUUAUUUGUAAUUAAGUGUACAUUCCCCAAAAAUAUAACUAAUGGCGUUGUGUUAAUAUACAUUAUUAAGGCCGUGUUCGUAUGUACUAGGGCAUGGGACACGGACGGCUUGGCUAACAAACAAGUUCAGCCAAAUAGCAUCAUUUGCUAGCAAUAGUAAGCCAGUGUUAGCACCAUAAAAAAGCCAGCGUUAGGUCAGAUUUAGCUGCGACAUUGUAAUGAUUUAGUAAUCAGCGUUUAAGCAGCAUGGAGCAGUAGUAGGCGAUUUGACACGCUCGCUCCGUCGUCACGUCACGAAACCCCACAAUGUGGGCUUCACUUUAGAUCAUAUCCUAUGGAAAAGCUUGACAUUACCACAAUUGUAUGCAAGGAGUGCAACAUGCGAACGAGGUAUUUUGGAAACAACAAACGGGCUCAUUUAGCACGACAUCACAACGAGCAGGUCAAACAAAUAUGCUUAAAAAAAAAAAAGAGAACAUUGCAGAGAACAAGAUUUAGAUUUCGUAUGAAGACUGUUUUUCUAACUGGGGCUAUGUGUGGAAGCCACAUUGUUACAAACUUGAAUGCAAUGUUACAUUCCUGCAGGCUCUAUUAUUGUCACGGAUAAUGCUGCAAACAUGCUGCUACUGCUGCACACACAGAUUGCUUGUUCUUUCUGUGAUUAUAUUGUGUAUUUGUGUGGGCCUUGUACUCACGAAAAGUAUUCAUCGAGCUCACUGCCUUUUAAGAAACAUUAUCACAGAAACCGAAAUAAAGGGUUGGAUGGAUUGUGCAAAUUAAGCCUGUACUAUUCUGAAGGGCUGUUACAUGAAUUUAAAAAAUAAAUAAAUAAAAAGUCCCAUCUCAUAAAAGCUGCUUCUGACAUUCUGACAGAGAGGGGUUUUUUUUCAGAAGGUGGAGUACAUGACAUUGACAUCCCCACGGGCGAACUCCAGCAGUUAGUCCCAUGGUUCUCUGGCACAACACUUAAAGCCUGAUGAUCCUCGGUGACUUGGCUUACUGUCAGGGAAAUGGUGUCAUCUACUUGGGAACUGUUGCAAACUCAGCAGAGGCCAAGGGUUGACUUGUCAACAUGUGACAAAGGCAGUGGACUUGAGCUCGGUGAAGAAAUCUGUGUUGUCCAGCUUGUGGUUGGUGUGUUCUGAGUGUCUGAAGGAAAGGACCAUGAUCAACAGCGAGCCAGAAGCAUUUCAAGACAUCUUAGUAUGCCUCAAGUGUGGUUUCCAAGGAUGUAACCACUCAGGGAUUGAACAUGCUGUCAAGCACCACCAAGCUUUUCAUCCCGAUCAUUGCAUCACCAUAAACUUAAGCUCUUGGAAAGCCUGGUGUUUUGAAUGUAAUGAGGAACUGUCCACUCACUGUAACAAAAAAGCCUUGGCACAGGCCCUGGAUUUUUUACAGAAGCACUCUUUCAAGGCAACAUCAGCAACAUCCGCCAAGAUCCAGAAAUUGAGAGAAGAACCCACUGAUUAUAAAGACCCCUCAAGAGGCAAAAGCUCAGUCAUCAACAGUGCCUUGGUUCCUGUUAAAGGCAUCAAUAACCUCGGAAACACCUGCUUCUUCAAUGCUGUUAUGCAGAAUCUGUCCCAAACACACAUGCUCAUUGACCUCAUCCAGGAAGUGAAGGAGAAAGGAUAUAAACUAAGGAUCUGCCCCCCAGUUGAGAGCCAUCUGGCUCCAUUAGUGGCAAUGCUGCCUAGUCCAGAGCCACUGACUGCAGCCAUGCUUCUCUUCCUCCAAAGCAUGAAAGAACCAGGAAAAGGUCCAGUUAAUCCCAAGGUCAUCUUUAAUCAACUCUGUCAGAAGGCUUCACGCUUUAAGGGGUAUCAACAACAGGACAGCCAGGAGCUUCUUCACUAUUUGCUGGACUCCAUAAGAGUAGAGGAAACUAAAAGGGUGAAGGCUGGAAUUCUCAGGGCUUUCAACAAUCCAACCGAGAAGACAGCAGAUGAGGAAACCAGACGUCAAGUCAAAGCAUAUGGAAAGGAAGGUGUAAAGAUGAACUUUGUUGACCGCAUCUUUGUUGGAGAGCUGACCAACACAAUUAUGUGUGAAGAGUGUGAACACAUCUCGACAGUUAAGGAAGCUUUCAUAGACAUCUCUUUACCCAUCAUAGAGGAACGGAUAUCAAAACCGUCUAACAGUAUCAGGCUGGCGAAGGGAAGUCGAGAGCAGGACACCAACACGGUGGUCAUUUCCACUACAAACUCAGCCAACAGAAACACCAGGAAGCUGAGUGGACAGAAACAAUGUGGCAGGAUGUCUUCCAGCUCUAUGGAUGGAAAGGGGGCAGGUUGCAGUGUGGAACGACCGGAAGAAGAGGGUAUUGCGGGUGGAUCAGCCCGCUGUGUCUCUACUCACAAGAUGGCCACUUGCGGAAGCCUCUCAGAUGGCAGUGAGAGAGGCUCUGGCCCUCAGGACAGCAGUAAUGAUGCUGAUAGUGAGGCUUCAGAAAGCGAGUGGGCCCCGCACACUUCCUGCUCCAGUCAUGUCCAAUCUCACACGACACCCACUGUCAAUUCAGCCGCUGUAUUUGUUUAUACCUCAUCAUCCUCUUCCAAGCAAGGUGGCAUUGUGGACCCGCUAGUAAGCAAUUUGUCAAAAGUCAGCCUUGGCCUCAGUUCAGGGGACAGCUCACCUCCUUUGCGAUGUUCUCCAGAGGAGCCAGAGGAAACGAGGUCACGAGAGAAUCUCCACCAUCAGUACCACCAGGGGGCAUUCCAGGCACUCUCCCACAGUUACAAUCCCAGCUCCAAGGAGUGCUCCAUCCAGUCCUGCCUCCACCAGUUUACCUCUGUGGAACUGCUCAUGGGCAACAACAAGUUGCUUUGUGAGAGCUGCACUGAACGCAGACAAAAGCAGAUACGCAAGAGCAGCUCAGCUGAUAAAAAGGUGGAGAAGAUCUACACCAGUGCAAGAAAACAAAUGCUCAUUUCCUCACUUCCUCCUGUCAUCACUUUGCAUCUGAAACGCUUCCACCAAGUUUGCCAUCUUUUUGCCGGGAUGAAUCUACGAAAAGUGAACCGUCAUGUCGACUUUCCUUUGAUCUUAGAUCUGGCCCCAUUUUGUUCAGCAUCAUGCAAGCAGAACCUGGCCCAAGAUGACCGUGUCCUUUACAGCCUGUAUGGGAUUGUAGAGCACAGUGGCUCAAUGCGUGGUGGUCACUACACUGCAUACGUAAAAGUCCGCGCUCCUCAGAGGAAAACGGAACAUCACCGGAACUUGUCAGGUGCAAAGGACUCGAGCAGCAGUUCCCCAGGCCAAUGGUUUUACAUUAGCGAUACCACAGUCCAAAUGGUACCAGAGUCCAGAGUUCUCCUCUCUCAGGCAUAUCUGCUCUUCUAUGAGGAAAUCAUAUGAUCUGAUAAAUUUCAUACAUGACAAAUGUUCAAAUCUAACUCGUACUUUGUGUUCAUCUCUUUGUCAGGAUAGGAAAAGGGAAAAGAUUACUCUCUUUUUCUUCAAUAACAUCAUUUGCAGUUAUUUUCUUUCAUAAAUGGAUCCUUCUAAAUCAUAGAAUGAUCUACUGGUAGAUUAACAUACAGUAUGAACAUUAGGUUACUUUGGAAUUAGCUCUGGGUUUUUGCUUGCUUGUGUAAACCUUCACACGUUUCUGACGCAUAACCAUUGGAACACGUUUUUAUGUUAAGUUGCUAUAAGUGACCUAUAUGGCCCACCCACAUGAUUAACUGUUGCCAGAGCAACAUUAGAAACAUGGUGAGUACAUGUAAAUGUAGCUCCUGAAUGGUCAUGGUACUAUGUUCACCCUGCGUGCACCACCUUCUCGAGAUGAUCUAGAGCUCAGAAAAGCAUGUUGUGCUCACUGCUAGUUUGGAUGGCUCCAAACAGGGUUGAUAACAAAAGCUGUCAGAUGUUCAUUUAAGAAACGUUAUCAUCAUACUGGAUCAAAUUUUAGCGGUGGAAUAAUGUAGCUUAAGCCAUUUAUUCAUGAUUAUUAAUACUCAAGCUAAUAUUGAAAGUUCACAUUAAAAUACUGGUUUAAGUUGCUACACCUAAAAAAAUCAAAAGCAGUGGCAAAACAAUAGUAGAACAGUGGUGAUAUAAUCCUCUUGUCCUUAUUAUGUAAGAAUGUAUUAAUAGAUGACAUUUGCCAAAGAUUAAGUCAGAACAGAAAACCAAACAAAUAUACAGUGUCAUUCUGCCUUCGAAAUCUCGAUUUAUUAAGAUUUGUAAAAAUAUAUUUUUCUGUUUAAGGUAAUCAGUAUUUUGUUGCACACACAAAAUACUCAGUUUUUUUAUUUUAACAAGUCACCUCGUUUUCCUUCAUUGUAAAAUAUUUCAGCUCGACUGCGAGAUUAGGCAAGCACCAGACACUUAGUGAAAUGACUACACUGCUACUAUUGGUCAAGUUUUACUAAAUCAUGGGAAUAAAAUGCUCCAAGGCUUCAAGCCUUACUCGUACAACAUAUUUGUGUAAUAUGCAUGGGGUUAAUGCUGUAAUUAAUAUAUUGGUUAUUCGUGCAUCAAUGAAUGAGACUUUUUAUUUUUUAUUUUAUAUUAGGUGUUUUUCUGUUGUUCAAGCAUUUGCCAAAAAGUUGUUGGUUGGCAUUCACAUCAAAGUAGAAGUUUUUUUCAUUAUUAUUGGAUUUGACAGAUUCAGUGCCUAUGCUUAUUGUUAUGAAACAUGGAUGUGUAACAUGGAUGUGUAAAAAUAAAUGCUCUGAUGGAUAUGUGACAUUCAUGUACAUUGUAGUUUGUAAUAGUAUAAUGCAAUUGUAUACUAAAAAAGAUUAAUGCAAGAGUGUGGUGCUUAAGGGAUGCAGGGUUUUUCCUUAAGGCAAAUACUUUUUUUCUAGGACAUUUCAUCUUAAUAAAAUGAACAUUUGGUCUGCAUUGAAACCAUGACUAUCACAAAAUCAAAUAAAUGAAAUUUAUGAACUAAAGAUUUUUGAAGAACUUGUCUGUGUUUUAGCCACAACAACCUGAAUAAAAUGCA